AUGCAGACCACUCAAAGGUGCUUCCAAAAUGAAUAUUUGGACAAUUUGCUACAUGCUUGCAAACCUUGUCACCUUCGAUGUUCAAACACACCCCCUUUGGUGUGUCAGAGUUAUUGUAAUGCAAGUACUACCAGUUCUCUGAAAAUCAUAGACGUGAAUCUUUGGAUCUACUUAAGUGUGGGAAUAAUUUCAUCUUUGACAGUUUUCUUGCUAAUACUUAUGCUGAAGAAAAGAAGCCCAGAGAGAUCAAAGGAAGAAUUGAAAAAUACAGGUAUGACUUUUAGAGAAAGAGAUAAUAUUACAUUUGUUUAUAUCUUUGCAGAGACAAAAGCUGAGCUAAAGGAGAUAAUUAAAGUUGAUCUUGAUAGGAAUGAAAAUGAUGAAGCUGGAAUUUUCCCUAGAAACAGCACAACUAUGACAUACAUGGUAGAAGAAUGCAAGUAUAAAGACUGUGGCGAAGGGGAUGAUAUAUCCUUUCCAUUUCCAACUAUGGAGGAAGGAGCAACUGUUUUUGUCGACACAAAAACAAAUGACUUUUGUAAGAGUUCACCAAGUUCCAUGAAUGACACUUUCAUGGGGUUAUGGAAAUCUGUUUUCACAACAUAAUGACCCAGUUUGACUGGGAUAGUGCCACUUGCAAAGUACAUCAAUGAACAGUGAUACCAAUAGUUGCUGUCAUCUGUCAUCAAUAUUGCUUUAAUGUUUCUCAUUUUUAAGUCUCUUUCAUGACUUAUUUCUCUACCUUUUGGCUGGGAGCCAACUAAAAAAAAUGCCCCCAUUUCAUGAUUCUAUUCUCAAUUCACUAAGAAAAAGGAGCAAUGAAUAACUUUCAAAGUUGCUUGUUUUUGCAUUUGUAUAUUUAGUCAAUACUCACAUAGCAGACAAAAAACAUCUCAGGGCAGGUUUAAAAUUUUUUUCAUUGCUAAAGGAAAUGAGAGUGAAAAAAAUAGGAAAUUCCUAAAGUUAAUUAUUCAACAGUAUAAGAGGAAAGACUUUUUUUAAAAAAGCUCUCAAUGAACUUUCUCUUUAGAUGGAGAGGUUCAAAGGAUAGGACUGUAAGAAUUAUGGAAACCAGGUUAAGAUCAGAAUUUUCAUUUUGAAGUCCACAAUAUAGAGAUCCUCUUUCGUUCAUUUACAAUUUCCUUCAUUUAGGGAAGCGGCUCUAUCAUAUAAUGGGAGGAUGAAAUCCUUCUCAUAUGACAACAAUUGUUUCAUUUAUCCAACCUUUCUGUUGCCUGUAAUGAAAUUGUCCACUGUUAUAAUUCAACGUAUUUUAAAAUAAUUGUGAAAAUGUGCUGGACAAGGAGUUGUUUAUCCCUGACACUUUUAGUAAACACAGUAGUAACAUCUUCUGUUCUUACAAGUAUUGAAUUUUAUAUGCCGUAUAGAUAUGAAUUAUGUAGCUCCUGUUUUUGUGUCUGUGAAAUAUUAAAUCACUUUGAGAUCUGUGGUUUCUUCUUAUAUUGUAAGAGAUGCUUUCAUCCUUGGUUGCAUAUGUU